UUUGCAUUCCCAACUUCUUCACCCCCUCUCACUCUCUCUCACACACACAGCGCAAAUGACGAAAUUCAGGAAGCUCAAUCGGCCUACCGGCCACAGAAUGUCCAUGCUCAGGACAAUGGUGUCUCAGCUAGUGAAGCACGAGCGGAUCGAGACAACAGUUGCCAAGGCCAAGGAAGUUCGUAGGCUUGCUGAUAAUAUGGUGCAGCUCGGAAAAGAGGGUACAUUAUGUGCUGCGAGGCGUGCUGGUGCCUUUGUUCGUGGGGAUGAUGUCAUCCACAAGUUAUUUACAGAAUUGGCCUAUCGAUACAAGGAUAGAGCAGGUGGAUACACGAGAAUGCUUCGAACUCGUAUACGAGUUGGUGAUGCUGCACCGAUGGCAUACAUUGAGUUUAUAGAUAGGGAGAAUGAACUUAGGCAAGCUAAACCACCAACUCCACCACCACCGCAGAGGGCAGCCGUGGAUCCAUGGACUAGAUCGCGACUCACCAGACAAUAUGCGCCACCUAAAGAGGAGAAGACCUCAGACCCUGAUAGUUGAGUUAUGUCCUCGCAGUUGGAAUUAUGUAAUUUUCAUUACCUUGAAAAGUUUUGUUUGCAUACUCCACAUUUUGCAUUAUACUAAAAAGUACUCCCUCCGUUCCCUCAUA